AGGGCGGGGCGGGGCAGGCGGCGGAGAGGCCUGGCGCACAGGGCGAGGGCGGCUGCGGCGCAGUCUGCAGCAUGGCGUACCCGGGGCAUCCUGGCGCCGGCGGCGGGUACUACCCAGGCGGGUAUGGAGGGGCUCCCGGAGGGCCUGCGUUUCCCGGACAAACUCAGGAUCCGCUGUAUGGUUACUUUGCUGCUGUAGCUGGACAGGAUGGGCAGAUAGAUGCUGAUGAAUUGCAGAGAUGUCUGACACAGUCUGGCAUUGCUGGAGGAUACAAACCUUUUAACCUGGAGACUUGCCGGCUUAUGGUUUCAAUGCUGGAUAGAGAUAUGUCUGGCACAAUGGGUUUCAAUGAAUUUAAAGAACUCUGGGCUGUACUGAAUGGCUGGAGACAACACUUUAUCAGUUUUGACACUGACAGGAGUGGAACAGUAGAUCCACAAGAAUUGCAGAAGGCCCUGACAACAAUGGGAUUUAGGUUGAGUCCCCAGGCUGUGAAUUCAAUUGCAAAACGAUACAGCACCAAUGGAAAGAUCACCUUCGACGACUACAUCGCCUGCUGCGUCAAACUGAGGGCUCUUACAGACAGCUUUCGAAGACGGGAUACUGCUCAGCAAGGUGUUGUGAAUUUCCCAUAUGAUGAUGUAAGUCUUAGAAAUUAAGAGAUACAGUAGAUGAAAAGGAUGUACACCAGAUGGUUGACAGUCCCCUUGCUGUUUCUAAAGAUCAGAAGGCUGCCUGGGGAAUGGAAAGAAAGACCAUGGGCUUUGACUUCAGAUGGGGCUACUUAAAAGAUUUCUAAACAUCCUGAUCCUUAUUUUCCUUUUCUCUAAAAUAGGGAUAAUCACCUUGACCUUGCAAUAGAGCUGCAAGGGUUGGCAGUGCACAAUACCUUAGUAGUGUAGGGAACACUGAUAGAGCAGAAUCUAUUGCUUUAUGUUUAGCGGGGAAGCCAACAUUUCACAGCAAAUACUGGUAUUUCUAAUCUCAGGUAUCUGAAGGGUUAGCUGUUCUGUUUCUGUGCAUACAUACACUUGCAUGCUACAAUUUAUUUUAAUAAAGCAGAUUUUAAGGCAAUAAACUGUUUAAGGUGUUCCAUUAGAGUAAUGGGGUAAUACUGUGCGGUUUGGAAAUCCCCACGUAAUACAACAGUAUAAACUCCAGUUGUUUGUGUUUGUGGUAAGUGUCUUUGACCACGGCCAUUUCUAGUCUUGGAUAUUAUUUGGAAUUUAAAUAAUUAUUCAAAUAAUUAUUUAAAUUAUUUAUCCAUUGAAGUUAUAUCUGCUUUCUCUAAGAAGUUUUGAUGUGAGAAACCCUAUGGAUUUUAUAUUAGACUGCUUCCCUAAAAAAAAGGAAACUUUUCCAUCUAUCAUUUACUCAUAUCUUAGAAAGUUGUAGGGGUUGUUUUACUCAUGUUCAAAUUAGAAAACCAAAUGUAAGCUGCCAGAAAUAGGCUGUGCCGUAUAAGUGCUUUGAGAUCUGUCAUAUAACGCUGAUUUUUCUUUCAGUUCAUUCAAUGUGUCAUGAGUGUUUAAAUCAAGAGGAAGCUGCAUGAAUGUAAUCAACAUUCCAACUGGAGCUCUCCUUUGCUUGUCCUCUUUGCCUUCGGUAAUAUGUAUAAACUUACAUCACGACUUUCUCUCAACAGCUGUUGUAAAGUUUAUUACUUUAUGUACAACUGAAGUUUUGUGUUAGUUUUGAUAAUAAAUUCUUUGGAACUUUAAUAAGAUCUAGUCUGUUACACCAUUUAGAACUUUCCUGAGCCAUUAUCAGUCAUGCCUUAUUUUCUUGCUAAAACUCUAUGUAAAUUUAAGUAUGCAAAAUGUUUAAGUCACAUUAUUUAUUUUUCAUUGUGAGACACUAAAAACUGUUAAUCAGACUACAGCUGUUAUCUUUCCUCUCCUACAAAGAAUACUCCACACAUAAAAACUUAGGUAAAUGACAUAGACGCACUUGCGUGAAAUAAAACAACAAAAAAGGUAAUCCAGUAAUCCAUGUCAGGAUUCACCUUAGUAGAAGUUUAGCACAGGCCCUUCAAAACCUGUUGAAUAAUUUGAUUGGCAAAUACUAUCUGUCACCAAGUCCCUUUUUGUCAUCUAUUUAAACCUUUGUUAACUCUCCUUAAAAAUCUUGUACAUUAUAAGCUUAACUAUAUAAAAAGAAAAUUGAUAGAAAAAGACUAAGGGAAUAUAUGAAAAUAUUAACAAUGUUUAUUUUGGAUUAAUGGAAUUCUAGAUGACUUUAAUUUUCUUUAUAUAUUUCAGUAUUUUUCAGAUUUUCUAUAUGCUUUCCUUUUAAAAUCAGAUUUUAGUUUUUAAAAUACUGAUACAUCCAUUUUGAUAUACCAUGUAUUCACACUUUAAAAAAUAUACAUAGCAGAGUAUUGGAAAGUGUGUACCAAAACAUUGAUCUGGCUACCACUGGGAGUCAGGAUCAUGAGUUCAUCUUCUUCCUUCUUACUGCUUUUCCAAACAUUCUCCAGUAAGCAGGUACUACAUUUAUAAUGGAAGGAAUUUUUAAAAAAAUUUUAAGCUGUACACUUUCAAGUAAGAUCUGAAUUCUAAUGCUGGCUUGUGCCUCUUACUAUGUGGUUUGGUCAUUAUAGAUAAUGCCAAGUUUCAGUUUCCCCAUCUUUGAAAAGGAGAUAAUAUGUUAUCUCUUGGGAGUAGUUCUGAAUAUGAAGUGUGUUGAUACAAGAAGCACUGACAAUGUUUCUGUUUCUUAAAUUUAAAACUGGCCUGGUUUGCCUUUUUUAUCAACAGAGCUUAACAGAUAAAAAAUGAAAUUACUCUAUUUUCUACUUGCCAGCAGAGUAUCUGUCUUAUUUUAGGAUGCAGUGUGAAACUUACCAUUCAACUGAACAACUAGUUGUCAACUAAUGGAAAUAAAACAUUUUCUCUAAGCA